AUGACACGCUUCGCAUUUUCUCGGUCUGUACACGAACAGAUUUCAAAAUUUUUAUUCAGACACCUCGACCAGCUGGCGACAUGGAUGGGCGCGACCCUCGACAAGUCAAUGAUGUUGAAACACUAUGCCCAUACUCAGAAUUCACGACGCGAGAAUGGCACGAAAUUACCCCUACUGUCUUCCACAUCUCUUAAUUCCACAGUCGGUCUCAGAUUCUCUAUUGAAGGAAACAUGUUGCCUCAGGCAGUCAAUGUGUCCCUGGACAUCACCUCACGAAAGGCCGAUGACAUUGAUCACUGUAUUGGACGGCCUCUGCGCUCGUUGCCCACUUCACCGGAGCACCGUACGGGGCUACUGACGCAGGCAAAUGAUCAUUCCGAAUCGUAA